AUGCACUCGAGUACUUCACCGUCAGACAAAAUAUCUUUCGAAGUGGCGCCGGCAGAGGCACACCGCACCACAAGCAGAAUCAAGGAUAUCAACGUGUCUGCGUCCAUCAGCUGCAGCUUGAUGAUGACGACCUUGGAGAUCCGCAGGGUGCUUCGUCUUCGCAAACUGCGCAACAGUGGGGGUUUUACUUUAGCUAACAAGGUUCUCAAGUAUCCCGAGCCGUUUGGCACUGAGAAUGCCGAUCAGGAUGCGCUGGGCUGGCUAGCCUGGUCCACCAGUUUCCGUAACUGGGUUACUUUUGCAGAGCCUGCUUAUGAGAGCGAUCUAGCAGAAGUAGAGCAACGCUUGACUGAAGUGCCUCACAUUGCCAACAUGCCACCUGUGUGUCUUGAGAGGGCGCGGAAGCUGUAUGUGAUUUUAGGUUCUGUCUUGAAGGGAAGGCCUCUUGCAAUACACCGCGGCAUUGAAGAUCGCAAUGGGUUCGAAUGCUGGCGGCAGUUAACCUGCCAAUUUAGCCCGAGGACGCGUUCCAGGUCGCUUGCGCUGCUGAGUGCAGUGAUGGGGCUUCCAGCGUUCACGCGUGACCGUACGCUGCGUGAGCAACUCAGCAGCUUCGAGCGGUUGAUCGCCGAGUAUGAGAAGGCCUCCGGCAAUGCGCUUCCUGGUGAUGUCAAGCUGUCAGUUGUGCUUAAAGCCAUCCCCAAAGCCCUGCAAUCCCACGUGCACUUGAGAAUGGACGCUUCUACGACUUAUGAGGACGUAAAGAACCUUGUGCUGUCAUACGAAGUAAGUACCACUAAUUGGAGUGCCGCGCGAGUGCAGCAGGAGCUUGGUCUUGUCAGUCCCAACAAGGGCAGUGUUUCCAUGGAGGUGGAUCAAGAUGGUUCCGAUGAUACAGCUGCUGGCGGAGAUCAAGGAUCACCGUCGCCCAAGGCAGCCGCCAAAGCAGCUGUGAAGCGCAUCAUGUUUGACAUUCGUGCUAUUCGCAUGAGCCGUGCCAGUCAGAUCCGUUUGCAGUUUCGGAUGAGCCGUGCCAGUCAGAUCCUUGUGCAGUUUCGCAUGAGCCGUGCCAGUCAGAUCCUUGCCGCGUUGGGCCCACUUUGGUCCAGUGGCUGUCCUGCAGAAUUUGACAUAGCUAGCAGUGAUCACGAUGGCGACUGGGAUCUCAGCCCUCUCUCGUCACCCAUGCGGGUAGCUGCAGUCAGCCGUCACAGCUAUGAACAGCAGUUGGAAAUCUGUGUCGACACAGCCGCCGAUGAGUCAUGCCUGCCUCUUGACUUCGUGUGUGUUGGGUCUCAUGCGUCAGGUGAACCGCCGCUUGUUGACUGCCAGGGCAACACGAUUCACACCAAGGGCAGCCGAUUGGCCACUUUGGAAGCUUCUGGGGUUGAGCUGAAGGAGCGCUGGGUUGUGUCGCCGGUUUCCCAGCCGAUUCUAGCCACGGGCAAACUGCUCAAACAGGGCUGGAGGUUUCUUGACUUUGAUGAUCUUGGAAUGUGCCUGACCAGCCCGUGUCAUGGAGCGCGGAUCCCUGUGGGUUUCAGCAACAACACGCUUGUGUGCAAGGGCGUUAUACGCUCUAUCAACGAGCCUCAGCCCUCCGCAGUUCGUGUUAUCAAGGUGCGCUUGACUGGUCUCCUUGACCGCCUCAUCCGCAGCGCAGACUUCUUUCAGGAGAUUGCUCCAGGUGUGCAUGCCACGAGCCUCACCUCGAAGCACCUUGUCGAUUUGAGCCUGUAUCUUCCUUACGAGGGUCUCGCCUACCGCGCCACUUUGAUCAAGAUAGAUGGGGAUUGGGUUCUUUCCGAGCUUUCAUCUUCAAUCGCCGACCUUGGCGAAGACUUGACCACUCAGGUUGCCGAUCAGGAGGUGGAGAUGAUCGUGUUCGGUCAUCGGGAGCCGCUGGCACCCAGCGACCUCGUAUUCGCAACUGAUGUGCCAAUUCUUGAUGCGCCGGCACCUGCGCCUCCAGAGUCUUCAGCAGAUCCCGUGUUUGAGGAUUUCUUCGGUGAGGCAGUACAGGAGGCCGAUGUUGAGCUAGGCGGCGGGGCUGAUGUUGAGUCAGCCGGCGGGGCUGCAGUUGAAGCAGCCGGCGGGGGCGAGGCACGCGAUGGUGCCCUUGAUGAUGCCGUAAUGCAGGGGGCACUCGCUGACGAACGCGAAGCCCAGUCAGACAAGAUUGUUGUCGGUCAGUACUUCGCCGUGUGUGCCAGAGCCUCGGUGUCGGGAAAUCAGGCGAGUCGUGCCGCUGAGGUUCCGAAUGCACCUGUGCCCAAUGUGCCGGCAGCUCCGAAGGAGCCCACACCAGAGCAACGACGAGCCCACGAGGCUGUGCACGCCCCAUAUGAAGCAUGGUGCCAGCACUGCGUGGCCUUUAAAGCAAGGGAUGACAUGCACAAGGCUGCCAACACCGAUCGCAAAUUUCCUGUGAUAUCCUUCGACUAUGGCUUCACUGGCCGAUCGGAGGAGGAUGGCCUUCACAACAAGCUAGCUUUCCUGUGUCUACAUGAUUCAGAGAGUGGUUGGCGAGAAGCCAUCCCGGUGCCAGGCAAAGCAGGUGUGCAUGAUGGGAUCAAUGUCACCAGCUACCUUGCUGCUGAGAUUUGCAGGUUGCUUAGCAUGCUAGGCUACUCCAAAGUUGUGCUUCAAUGCGAUCCCGAGCCCACAUGCUUGAAGCUACGCAAUGAGGUGAGGCGCAUGCGGCUACAGCUGGGUUUGCAAACUGAUGUGCAGCAGUCAGCUGAAGAAAGCCACCAAUCCAAUGGAGGUGCCGAGGUUGCCGUGCAAACGCUGCGGCAGCAGUGCAACACUCUGUUCUCGAUGUACGAAGCAGAGACCAAGCUCCAGGUCGCAACGGCCCACGCUCUCCACCCAUGGUGCCUCCGGCAUUCUUCUUGGAUCCUGAACAGAUUUGUGCUGCGACCCGGAGGGCUUACUCCUUUCGAGAUCAUACAUGGCCGUCCUUACAAAGGCAAAGUGCUGCCGUUUGGCGAAACCGUGAUGGGAUUGGUUUCUCCCGGGCCCAAGGGCAAACCGCGGUUCAUCCAGGCCAUCAUGAUUGGAAAGUGCACGCCGGAUGAUGAGUUCAUCUUGUGUUCUGGAGCAGGCAAGCUCAUGUUGGCUCGCACCGUGCGCCGGCUUGCCACUGGCUUCACUCCAGCCUUGCACGUUGAGGAUCAGCUUGGUGGGGUUUCCGACUUGCUAGGUGAGCUCGCGCCUUUGCCUGAAGGUCCUGGAGAGAUCCCUGAGGAUGCGCGCGAUUACAGCCCUUGUCAAGAAGCCGCCUCUGAUCCUGAGAGCUCCUCGCAGAUGAGUGAGGAUGACCCCGAUGGUCACCGUUCCGGUGAGGCUGCUGCUCUCAACCCUGACGGCAAUGGCGCCGCAGAUCUUCCGUUGCAGCCUAGUGCUCCUGUUGCGCCGCCUAUCGUUGCAGCGAGUGAUCCUUUGGUACAAAGCAGUGCCAGUUCUGCUGGGCCUAUGCCCGUUGACCCUGCCACCUCAGUUGCAAGGGAACGCCCCAGACCAGCAGGUGAGGAGGAUGCUCCAGGCCCUGAGCCCAAACGUGCAAGGAUUGCAGCCACAACUGUGUGCGGUGUGGAGUGCCACCAUGCCGACGAGGAUACUGAUCUUGCAUUCUCCCCAGCGGACAUUGAAAGUAUCAAUGAUCUUGACGGCCUGUGUUCGGGUGACGAAGAGGAGGAGUGUGAGCAAGGCCUUGCCCCUCCUGAUGAGCUUUAUCGGCCUUUCUCUCCACAUGAGCCUUCCUUGAGCCCUGAGGAGCUUGCUGACCUCGAUGCUCUGUGCGACCAUCACGAGAUAGCCCGGCUCAAGACUAUGGGUGUGAUCUACCAGCCUGAGUCAGGCAAUGAGAACUGCAAGUCAUUGACUGUGAAGUUCGUUCGCUUGUAUAUGUCUCGCAAGGGAUAUGCCUUGUUGUCUUGUGAUAUACCAGACGCUUAUUUGACUUGCGAGCAGCCGUGCCCGACCGUGGUGACGCUCCACGGCACCACGUACCGUUUGGCAUUUAUGCUACCGGGGCAACGGGAUGGGUCAGCGGUUUGGUUUUCCACCUUCACCAAGUAUCUGGUUUCGGAGGGCGGAGUUUCGUUGUGGCCUGGAUGCGAGGCGCUGUUUGCUAUGCGUAACCACUCCGGCGGAGGACUCCUUCACGUAGACGACUUGUUGGGGUCAGGUGAAUAUGCUGAGCUACAGAGACUUGCGCAGAUCACAGAGUCAAAGUACAAGUGCACUCUUGAGUGGCUUGUUCGCGAAGGCGACAGCCUGCACUUCUUGUCAGACCCUCUUCCAGAGGAUCAGGUGUCGGUCUACAGAUCGUGCAUCGGGAUUCUUAUGUGCAUCUCUGCGGCUUGCAUGAAGGCCCUCAAACACCUGGUUCGAUAUGCCAAAUCAACCAGCGGGUUCUGCCUUGGGCUGGAGCGCACGAAUGCAGAUCACACUACACGCCGGAGCGUGAGCGCCGGGGCCUUGUACUUGAAUGGGAAUGCAAUUUAUACGGCGAACCGCACGCAACGAGUCGUAGCUAUGUCAAGCUGCGAAGCAGAGCUCAAUGCCCUUGUGUCUUUUGCAGUCGACUUGGUGUAUGUGAAAGAAGCCCUGCGGUUCAUUGUUGGAGUCACUCCCGAAAGCCAUGCCUUCAGCGACUCCUCUUCAGCUCGUGCUGUUGUGAACAAGCAAGGACUCUCCAAGCUCAAACACGUCGAGAUCAGAUUGCUGUGGGUUCAACAGGCUUUGAAGGAUGGUGCAUUCAAACUCCACCCGGUCGGGACCCUUGACAACUCUUCGGACUUGAUGACCAAGGUGCUUAAGCGUGAGCGGAUGCUGUAUUUGAUGUACCUCUUGAACAUCAGGGAUGGUGAUGCCCAGUUCAAUCGUGUCGGAGAGGCCCAGGCCGUUGCUCGGGACAACAAUCUGUCCUUGAAGCUCGCGGUUAAGGCAGUGAAGGCAUUCAAGGGACCUCCGCAACGGGCGCACGCGCUCCUGCAAGCGCUGACCUUUAUGUCCUUGAUUGAUGCCAAUCAGGCACGCAUGCUUGACUCCGAGAACCAUCCGCAUGUGCUUGAAAGCGCCUUGGGCGGUUGCGGAUUCACCCUUGUGUGCGUCGGAUGCCUCGCAGUGCUAUGCAUGAGCCUGCAGGGUUGCCAAGCUGAGAUUGCAGACGAGCUCCCCGACCCAUGGGUUGUAUGGUUCACCCUAAUCAUAGGAUUCCUCAUAGGUCUAGGGUUUUGGUUUGUGUUGCUAGGUGCCGAGCCGCAGCAACAGAUGCCUUGUGAACCUGACGAUGCCACCACACCUGCUUGUGACGACGAUGCGCCGACCUUGAGCGAUGCCAUUCCUUCAGAUGGUGAACCUGCGCCAACGCCCGAUGUGACCAGAGCAUCCUCUGAUGAGCCUUUGUCAGAACCAAUGCAGAGCGAUGAUGGGGCAGGCGAUGGCAACAGCCACCCUGCUUCACCCACUGCCCAUGAUCCGAUCGACGAGCCUGAGAACCAUGCCUUGGCAGCGGUGCCGAUUGCAGUUGUUGAUCCUCCUGGAUUCCCUGCUGCUGUCGAUCAGCUACUUGUGUAUCAUGCGCCGAUCUCCGGGCGCAGAUGGCAUGUGUUCCGAGGGUGUUGGGGUUUGAGUAGAGCUACCGUCAUUGCUGAGGAAGAGCUUGGUGUGCUUUUGCGACGCGAUCCCAGAAUCACGAUGUGCUUGAUCUGCAUGAACCGAGUUCGCAAUGACUUGCGAUUCCCAAUGCUUCGGAUUACCGAUGAAGCCGACGACCCACGCCGUGAACACCCC